CAGAAACGGACGUCGCUUUACGUGACGUCGCAUUUCUCUGUAAACACGCUCGUUUCCUCUCUCUUCGCGUGUUUUUCUCAUGGUUUUUCUCCUCCGUGAGAAGUUCUCAAGAGCAGAAUGGCCGCCGUGCGUGCAGCAAAGCAAGCUUUGAGGAAAGAAAUCAAGCGACGGGUUGCAGCGUUGAGCGACGAGGAGAAACAACGGCAGUCUCUCGUGCUUUCCCAGCAGCUGUUCAGACACCCCAAGUACGUGUCCUGUAAGAGGAUCGCAGUGUUUCUCAGCAUGGGCGAUGAGGUGCGCACUGAAGAAAUCAUCAAAGACGUGUUUAAAUGUGGCAAAAGCUGCUUCAUUCCCAGAUAUGAGAGCAGCAGCAGCAACCAUAUGGACAUGUUGAAGCUCAACAGUCUGCAGGACAUGGAGACGCUGCCUCUGACGUCAUGGGACAUCCGACAGCCUGCCGAAGAUGAUCAGAGCAGAGAGGAAGCGCUCUCUGCAGGAGGUCUGGACCUGAUCUUGAUGCCGGGCCUGGGUUUUGACGAGUCGGGGAAGCGUCUGGGACGAGGGAAGGGCUUCUACGACACCUACUUGGAGCGCUGCCUCAGACACCCCAAAGGAAAGCCCUACACCCUCGCCUUGGCCUUCAAGGAGCAGCUGUGUCAGGAGAUCCCCGUCGACGACAACGAUGUGCUCAUAGAUGAAGUCCUGUAUGAGAAGGAGGAGUAGCUAAUCGAUCGUCAGUGGUGGUCCUUGAACUCAGUUUGGGGUUCUAUAUGUCUAGGCUACGCGCCAAAGUGAGCCAACGGUUUAACCCGGCCUUUCAAUUAAACACUAAUAAUCGACUCUCACUGCAGACAUUUUGACUUGUUACAGCAGGAAUAGCCCGGGGGGGGGGGACUAUGAGACUAACGACGGCCCAUUAGUGUUAGGCCUAUUGGUUCCAUCUGUGGUAUUCCUAUUACUUGUCGAAAUGUCAUCUGUCGUGGCAUUAUACAGGUUAAGCGACUAAUUCAACGGCUGUAUUGAUAUUUGCGUUGAAGGUGCUGAAACCUGGUUUUGUGCCAUGCUGUCUGUGGUGCUGAUGUUGCCAUAAAGAGCUACUAUGUUUUUCUAAUCGCUAACUACUUAAAAUGAAGAAGUGCUUUA